GAGGUUGCUGGAGGCCUGGCGCAGCUCGCGCGCGGCCUCAACGUGCGGCUCACUGACGCAGGCAUCCAGGCGGCGCUGGCCGGGCUGCAGCAAGGCGCUGCAGGUGCAGCUGGCGGAGCGCCGGCACCCCACGCCGGCGUUGGAGGAGCAGCCGGUGGCGGCAUCGGGGCGGACCUGCUGGGCGGCCUCGCGGCGGCUGGAGCGCCGCCUGGAGGGCCGCCGCUGGGGCUGGGCGUGGCCGUGGUGCCGCCCGCAGCAGGCGGGGCGGUGCGGCUGCCAGGCCUUGCGGCUGGGCUCCCAGGGGUGGUGCCCCCAGGCGACUCGGCCUGGCUGGGCAAGGGCUUGCAGCCAGCGGCCCUCGCGCAGGUCGGUGUGCAGCCAGGCACGAUCGUCGAGGUGCCAACCUUCAACGCCGAGGGGCACUGCGACGGCUCGGCGUUCUUGAAGCUGGGCCUGCAGUGGGCCGCGGACGCCCUCGGCACCUUCGGCCUCGCCGAGUUCGCAGGCGCAUCAUCGCCCGUCGCCACGGGUAUGCUGGAUGACUUGUGGGCGCAGCCGCCCCUCGUCCACCUGUGCUCAGGGGCGCGGGAGGCGUGCAGCGCCCGUGCUGGUGCUCGCCUCGUGUACCACGUGGACACGCUGCGCGUGCGGACAUCGUCAGGGAUCUCCGAGCCGUGGGUGCGCCGUCAGGUCAUCUUCGGGCCGCCGAGUGCUGCUGCCGCUGCAGGUGGUGCUGGCGCAGGCGGUGGAGGUGACGACCGGAAGCUCGUGGCCAAGAUCGAGGAGCUCAAGAGUGCGCUGAAGAGAAAGGCUGGCUCGCGCGUGGACCUAUUCUCUGUGGCGACGAGAAGGCAGCGCAGGGCCGAUCCUCUGGUCGAGGACGAUGACGGCGACGGCGACUCGCUUUUUCGCGAUGCCCCCUCCAGCUCCGGCAACAACAGGAUCCACGAGAUCGCUCGGGAGCAACCCGGAGCCCUGUUGGAUGCCGGCCUUGCGGAGAUGGCCCGUUUCCUUGGCGAGCGGGAGGGGGCGGAUCAGACCACAGGGGCGAACACGGCGCGGGUGAUGGCCUAUCUCACGAGCAUCUUCUUCGGCCAGCAUCCCCAGUCCACCAUCAGCGUGCACGCCGUGAAGGAGAUGAGGACGGUCGCAGCGGCGCUCGACGCCCUUCUGCAGGGACGCCUCCCCGAGCUCGGGGAUCUCCUGAUGCAGAGGCUGAAGGCGUUGGAGACGAGCGUGUGCGACAAGGACUGGGGGGUGGCGAGCCAGCUGGAGCUCACCGAGGAGACGCCUGGGCUGGUGAGCGUGACCGAGCGCCAGGCGGCGGCGCGCCACGCGCUCAUGAGGGCGAAGCUCGCGGACCUGCGGACCAAGGCGCAGGGGCGAGGCCGUGCCGCCAGCUGCCCCCCCGCGUCGGGCGUCGCCCGAGAGGCGGCCGGCCUCGCCGAGGUCGAGGCCGUGGAGAGCGCCGCUGGAGAUCCUCCUGCCCUGCUGGCGAACGGCGCCACGAGAAAGGUGCAGCUGAAGGGGGGCGACACGGACACCGAGGGUCCGCCAGCCGCCGCCCCGCUCGGGCAGGGCGCAGGCGAGGACGCAGCAGCUGCUGACCUGCGGCCCGCACGUGCUGUCGCUGCAGCCGCCGGGAGCGUGCAGGAGUGCGACGCCACGCUCGUGCCGCAGGAGCUCGUCGCAUUCGGUGCGGGUGACAAGCCGCAGCUGGUCGCGACCAAGCAGUGGGUAUACCUGAUGAUCAUCGCGCUGAACCACCUGUACGCCAAUUGCGCGGCGUCGGAGAAGCGGUGUGUGCUGGCAGGCCCGGCCAGCCCCGCUCAGAUGAGGGCCGUGAGAAGGCUGGCGCGGGCAGCCAUCCUUUUCCUGAAGAGCUGCCCCACGCCGCUCACGCCGACGGACUGGGCAGCUGAGCUGGCCAAGAAGCGCGUGGCCUACGACGGCGAGGAGAUUGGCGCGGCCGAGACGCUGUCGGUGGAGCAGGUGCUGCCGGCGCUCCCGCCCAAAGGCAUCGCGGCCUCGGUGGAGGCGGUGGACCUCUGCGAGGGGAACGUCCGGGAGGCGCUGCUCGAUGCGGAUGCCAUGCUCCUCCCGAAGGGCGUGCGGCCGGCCCGCGUCCCGCGCGCCAAGAUCUGGGCGCCGCUGCAGACCUGGUACGACCUCGUGGCCGUCCUCUGGGACCGUGGCCUCGUGGAGCCGAUCGCCCUGGAGGAUGUGCUGCACGUGGACGGGCGGCCCGUGCUGUGCGGGGCCUUCGGCGUGCGCAAGGGGACCGAGCGCGCCAUCCCGCUCAAGGACGGCACCAUGGGUCACGUCCUCAGGCUCAUCAUGAACCUCGUCCCGUCGAACGUCGUGCAGCGUGUGGUCGGUGGCGACAUGGACCAGUUGCCGCUGUCGUCGCAGUGGUCCACGAUCGUCCUACUCGCUCACGAGAUGAUGCUGUGGACCUCCACGGAUCGGCAGUGCUUCUUCUACGUGUUCAGGUUGCCGCCCUGUUGGAGGAAGUUCAUGGCCUUUGAGGUCCCAGUCCCAGGGCAACUCGUCGGGCGGCCGAGCGAGCCUCGCGUGUACGUGGCCAGCACCACGGUGGCGAUGGGGUGGAUCUCUGCGACUGGCAUCGCUCAGCACAUCCACCGCAACAUCUUGCGGCAGGGGUGGCAGCUGUCCGCCAGUCUGUCGAGGGAGGCCGAGUGGCGGCGUGAUCGCCCGGCGCCUCUCACGGCCUUGGCUCAAGAGGUGGAAGCUUGGGAAGUUUACAUCGACAACUUGGAGGCGCAAGAGGUCGUCACACGCGAGGACGGCAAGGUGCUCAAGGGCACCGUGAGCCCGCUCUUGCUGGCGGCUCGUGAGGCGUAUGCACGGUGCGGCACGCCCGGCGUACCUGCCAAGGACGUGCUCAGGGCCAGCGAGGUGCAGGCGUUGGGCGACUACAUCGACGGCGACCUGGGGAGGAAGGAGGCGCCGCGCGGCUACGUGGUCAGCCUCAUCUCCCUCACCCUGUGGGUCCUGGGGCGCCCCGGUGUCAACAAGAAGCACUGGCAGAUCGUGCUGGGCCGUUGGGUCCGGGUCUGCUCUCACCAGCGCGCAGGCAUGGCAUGCUUCGAGAAGGUCUGGAGGUGGAUGUCCCGCUCGCACCGCUGCUGGACCGUGCCGUUGGCAGUGAUGGACGAGCUGCUCUUGGCCAUGCAGCUGGCGCCGCUCUACUUCACCGACUUCCGCCUGCACGUGUCGCCUGUCGUGUCCUGCUCCGACGCCAGCCCGAGCGGGGGGGCUGUAUGCGUGAGCAGGGGGCUCUCCUGUGCUGGCGAAGAGGCGCUGGAGCGUGUCGGCCGCGUCCCGUGGCAGGCCAGCGAGGAGGAGGUUGUCCUGCUGAGCCUGUUCGACGGCAUCGGCGGCGCGCGGGAGAGCUGGGGGGCCCUUGGUUUGGAGACCCUGUGGUUCGUGUCGGCUGAGACCGACGCGACGGCCUCGCGUGUCACGAGGAACGCGUGGCCGAACGUGAAGGAGCUGGGCGAUGUCAAGCAGAUCUCGAAGGAGGUGCUGCUCACCAUCAAGCAUGGGUGCGCCCGGGGCCGCAAGCUGAUCGUCACCGGCGGCUUCCCCUGCCAGGGCCUCAGCAGGCUCAACGUGUCCAGGAAAGGCCUUCAGGACCCCAGGUCUGGGCUCAUCAGCGAGGUGAUCCGCAUCCUCGACCUGGUGGUCGAAGUGUUCGAGUCCUGGGAGUGCGAGUUCCUGUUCGAGAACGUGGACUCGGCGGACAAGCGGGACAUCGCCGCAGUCACCGAGCUCUUGGGCGUGCGGCCUCUCAGGUUGUGCGCCAGCCAGGUGUGCCACAUGCGGCGGCCUCGCCUCUACUGGUGCUCCUUUGAGCUCUGCGAGGUGGGCGGCGUCGCGCUGGUCGACCAGGGCGCCUGGCUGCAGGUGAAGCUGGAUGCGGACCCAGGGCCUACCUCGAGGUGGCUCUCGCCUGGUGCCACGUGGGCUGCGAGUGCUGAUCCUGCGGCACGCCUGCCGACGGCCGUGGGGCGAGACCGACGGUCCGAGCCCCGGCCGCGCCCAGCUGGCUUCAACCAGUGCGACGACGCGGCGCUGGCGAGGUGGGCCGCCGACGACUUCAGCCUGCCCCCCUACCAGUACAUCGACCGACACUGCGUGCUGCACGAGGGCCAGCUGCGCCCGCCGUCGGCCGAGGAGCGUGAGGUCCUCAUGGGGUACCGCAGAGGCCACACGCAGGUGGCCGUCACCUCGAGCGUGCUGAAGAGUGACCCGCGCCAGGCCGAGUGCGUGAGGUGCGGGCUCCUCGGCAACGCGUUCCACGUCGAGGUGGUGGCCUGGCUACUCGGGCACUUGGCCACGCAGUGGGGUUUCCUCGCAGCGCCGCCGUCAGUCGACGAGCUGCGCGACAGGUCGAAGCCCAGGAAGAGUGUGUCGCUCGUCACCCGCGGGUUCGCCCCCGAGCAGGCACUGGCACUCGACGUGAUGAGGUCCACCAGCACCAAGGGCAGCGACGUCCGCAUGUCGACGGGUGAGCUCUUCCAUCCCUCAGGCUGGCCGCGGCAGCCUAUCUCUCCUGGCUGGUGGCGCUGGCGCACGGUGGUGCAGUUCCACUGGCGCGAGGAGGCUCACAUCAACGAAUUGGAAAUGAGGGCCUUCCUCUCAGCGCUCAGGUGGCGGCUGCGCGCGGAGAAGAACCUCGAGUGCAAGUUUCUGCAUCUGCUGGACAGCCAGGUCUCCAUUGCUGUCUUGGCCAAGCAUCGUUCGGGAAGCAUACAGUUGAAUCGCGUGGCUCGCAAGGUAGCAGCGUUGGAGAUGGCCUCUGGGAGUGUGGCCAUCUUGGGGUUCUGUCGGAGCGGUGACAACCCGUCCGACGCCCCAAGCCGCAGGCAGCAGGCUGAUGCCUAG